GACCUGAUGGGCAGAAUGACAGUAGCAGAAAAGGUGGGGCAGAUGACGCAGCUGGAACGUGGAAAUGCAACAGCUGAGAUCAUGAGGGGUUACUCAAUAGGCAGUGUACUGAGUGGCGGAGGAAGCGUACCGCGGCCGCAGGCCACUCCACAGGAUUGGAUCAAAAUGUUCAAUGACUUUCAAAACGGUUCAUUGUCUAGCCGCCUUGGAAUCCCUAUGAUUUAUGGCAUUGAUGCUGUUCAUGGCCACAAUAAUGCUUAUAAGGCCACCAUUUUCCCUCAUAAUGUUGGUCUUGGAGCUACCAGGGAUCCAGAACUUGUGAAGAAAAUUGGUUCUGCAACUGCUCUCGAAGUUAGAGCUACUGGCAUUAACUAUGCUUUUGCACCAUGUGUUGCGGUCUGCAGAGAUCCAAGAUGGGGUAGAUGUUACGAGAGUUACAGCGAGGAUCCUGAAAUCGUAAAACAAAUGACUGAUAUCAUACUUGGCUUGCAAGGCGAAAUACCAGCUGAUUCACGGAAGGGUGUUCCAUUUGUUGGUGGAAAGGAUAAGGUAGCGGCUUGCGCAAAACACUUUGUUGGAGACGGUGGUACGACCAAGGGCAUCAAUGAGAACAAUACCGUGAUUGAUAAGCAUGGAUUAUUGAACAUUCACAUGCCUGGUUAUUACCAUUCUAUCAUCAAGGGCGUAUCCACUGUCAUGGUUUCCUACUCCAGCUUGAAUGGAACGAAGAUGCAUGCUAACCACAAGCUCGUCACCCAAUUUCUUAAGAACACCCUUAAGUUCAGGGGAUUUGUCAUCUCUGACUGGCAGGGUAUCGACAAACUUACCCAUCCGGUUCAUUCUGAUUACCCAAAAUCGGUUCUUGCUGGUAUUCAAGCUGGCAUUGACAUGGUCAUGGUUCCCUUUAAUCAUACCGAGUUCAUUGGGAUUCUAACCAAUCAUAUCAACAACAAACUCGUCCCAAUGACUCGUAUUGAUGAUGCAGUUAGGAGAAUUUUGAGAGUCAAGUUCACAAUGGGUCUGUUUGAGAACCCCUUGGCUGAUGAGAGCUUUGUUGACCAGCUUGGAAGCCGGGCACACAGAGAUUUGGCAAGGGAAGCGGUGAGGAAGUCGCUUGUUCUUCUGAAGAAUGGAGAUAAUGCAGAUACACCAGUACUACCACUCCCUAAAAAGGCCCCAAGAAUCCUAGUUGCUGGAACUCAUGCUAAUAAUUUGGGUUAUCAAUGUGGUGGCUGGAGUGUCACUUGGCAAGGAGUUAGUGGAAACAACUAUACUUCUGGAGCCACCAUCCUAAGUGCCAUCACAGCUGCAGUUGAUCCCAGCACCGAAAUCAUCUUCAGUGAAAGUCCUGGUGCUGAUUUUGUCACGGCAAACAACUUCUCCUAUGCCAUUGUUGUUGUUGGAGAGCUCCCUUAUGCGGAGACGAACGGGGACAGUUUAAAUUUGACAAUUGCACAACCGGGUCCAAGCACCAUCACCAAUGUAUGUGGCAAAGUCAAGUGUGUGGUUGUAGUAAUCUCUGGCCGUCCUGUUGUGAUCGAGCCCUACAUUUCAUUAAUGGAUGCUCUUGUGGCUGCAUGGCUACCUGGAACUGAAGGUCAAGGAGUUACAGAUGUUCUCUUUGGCGAUUAUGGAUUUACCGGCAAGCUUCCUAGGACUUGGUUCAAGACAGUAGAUCAGCUCCCUAUGAAUGUUGGUGACAAACAUUAUGAUCCUCUCUUUCCAUUUGGUUUUGGCCUUACAACUCAACCGAUUAAGAAGUCAAGUUAG